AUGGCCAAGAGAAAGCGAUCCGAGGCCCAGGAGCAAACCAUAGCUCCUUCCUUGUCCCAUCUGGCUACAGAUAUUGCGUCCAUCGCUUUCUCAAAGCCGCCUGCGCCUGUUCGAAGAGCUAGUACCAGACGAGGGCAGCCACCACCCGCAGAAAACGUCGACGUGAACCCCGAUGAGAAUCCGGACAUCAAGGAUGGUCCCGAUGCUCGGUUGUCCUCUCCGGACGCGGAGACACGCGAGAAGAAAAAGCCAGUGAAAAGGACCGUGAAACAGAAAGCUGCAACCAACGGUGAUGUGGUGAAAACACCGUCCAAGCAAAACAUCAAGGCCGAGGACUCGGAAUCGCCGCUAUCUGACCUUUCCGACGUCGACGAGGCCAUAAUUGCUAAGCCUCCACCUGCGAAGCCUGCGAGCAAGAAGAAGCAGGCAGUCAAGGCAGAAGUUCAAGAUGAGGUCGAUCCCGAAGCAGAUGAAGAUGACACGGUGGAUCCUGAAGAACUCAAGCUUGCCAUGUCAAGACCACCUGCUGCCAAUAGUUCCUAUUUACCUCUACCAUGGAAAGGUCGACUGGGCUAUGCCUGUCUGAACACUUAUCUACGACAAGCCACACCCCCUGUCUUCUCCUCUCGGACCUGUCGCAUAGCUUCCAUCCUUGAGCAUAGACAUCCUCUCAAAGAUCCCUCGCAGCCCGAACACGCGACGAAGAAUCGACCUGACAAAGAUCAACCUGCGGAUGUCGCUCGGGGACAAGCAUACGUGGAAGCACUAGGUGUAGCGAACGCCAACGAUAUCCCAAAAAUGCUUCGUUGGAACGACAGGUACAACAUCAAAUUCCUGCGCUUGUCCUCUGAGAUGUUUCCAUUUGCUUCACAUGAUGUGUACGGUUACAAACUCGCGCCGUUUGCAUCUGAGGCUUUGGCGGAAGCGGGACGAGUUGCUGGAGAGCUUGGCCAUCGCUUAACGACACAUCCUGGUCAAUUUACACAGCUUGGCUCACCUCGACCUGAAGUCAUUACAGCUGCGAUUCGAGACUUGGAGUACCACUGCGAGUUACUUGAUCUGUUGAAAUUACCUCCGCAGCUCAACAAGGAUGCCGUUAUGAUCUUGCAUAUGGGAGGUGUUUUCGGUGAUAAAGAGGCCACAAUUCAGAGGUUUAGGGAAAACUACCUCAAACUACCUCAGGGCAUCAAGAAUAGACUUGUUCUUGAAAACGACGACGUUUGUUAUACCGUGCACGAUCUGCUUCCAGUAUGCGAAGAGCUCAACAUUCCCAUGGUGCUCGACUAUCAUCACAAUAAUAUUCUGUAUGACAAGGAUAAAUUGCGCGAGGGCACACUUGACAUUAUGAAUCUGUACGAUCGCAUCAAAGCAACGUGGACUCGCAAGGGAAUAACACAGAAGAUGCAUUAUUCAGAACCAUGUCCAGGUGCUGUCACAGAUCGACAACGACACAUGGACUUGAUGAUUGAGGCCAAGGACAAAGAGCAGGCGGUCUUUGAGGUUAUGCGUACAUUGAGGUUACCUGGUCAUGAAAAGAUUGGUGAUAUCGUGCCGUACACUCGCAGCGACGAGAACAGGGCGUGGAAGCCGCCAAAAAAGAAGACACCCAAAAAGAAGAAAGGUGCAGCUGCUGAGGAGGAAAUGGAAGAGGAGGCCGAACCACAACCUCCUCCAAUCAUACCAGAGGACGAGGUAGCAAUGGGUGGCCCAGACGGCCGGGUCUACUGGCACGUAGGCUUCGAAGAGUGGCUACGUCCAAAGAAACGUGAGGUUAAGCCACGGGAUCCAGAGAAAGCCAAAACAACAGCAGAAAAGGCUGCGCAAAGACGAGCGGAGAAAGCUGCAUGGCAGGCUGCACGUGAGGCAAGUGCUGAUGCACCGAAUGGCACAGAUGCGUCCAUUGCGAGUGCAUCGGAUACAGGAGCGACACCUGCUCUUGAAAUUGCAAAGACAAAGUCGGUCUAUGACAAGAGUAAGACGUCCAAAGCCAAGCCUGCCCGAGCAGGUCCUGCUGCUAAGGCCAAGAAGAACGCGAAAACUGCUGUGCCUACGCCUAGCACGAGUGAGCAGGACGAGCACGACGACGAUGUGAGCAUGCCAGAUUUCAGUGAUGGCGAGGAAGUGGUAACCAAGUCAGUAGCAACUACGAAGCCGACAUUGUCAAAAAGGCAAAGUUCAAGAGGCACAAGGAAGGCCGUAGUCAAUUAUGCUGAGGACGACGAAGAUUGA